AUGGAGGACGCGGGAGCGGCCGGCCCGGGGCGCGAGCCCGAGCCCGAGCCCGAGCCCGAGCCCGACCCCGACCCCGAGCCCGAGCCCGAGCCCGAGGGGCGCGCCGGCAUGUCCGAGGCGUUCUCCCGGCUCUGGACCGACGUGAUGGGCAUCCUGGAUGGCUCCCUGGGAAACAUCGAUGACCUGGCACAGCAGUAUGCAGAUUAUUACAACACCUGCUUCUCUGAUGUGUGUGAGAGGAUGGAGGAGCUCCGCAAACGGCGAGUUUCCCAGGACCUGGAUGUGGAGAAACCUGAUGCCAGCCCCACGUCACUUCAGCUGCGGUCCCAAAUCGAAGAGUCACUUGGCUUCUGUAGCGCCGUGUCAACACCAGAAGUGGAGAGAAAGAACACUCUUCCUAAGUCCAACUCAGAGGACGGCUCUGUAGGAAAAGGAGAUUGGAAGAAGAAAAAUAAGUACUUCUGGCAGAACUUCCGAAAGAACCAGAAAGGAAUAAUGAGACAGACGUCCAAAGGAGAAGAUGUGGGCUAUGUUGCAAGUGAGAUAACAAUGAGUGAUGAGGAACGGAUUCAGCUGAUGAUGAUGGUCAAGGAGAAGAUGAUCACUAUUGAAGAAGCACUUGCAAGGCUCAAGGAGUAUGAGGCCCAGCACCGGCAGUCAGCAGCCUUGGACCCUGCCGACUGGCCAGACGGUUCUUACCCAACAUUCGAUGGCUCGUCAAACUGCAAUUCAAGAGAACAAUCGGAUGAUGAGACCGAGGAGUCGGUGAAGUUUAAGAGGUUACACAAGCUGGUCAACUCCACUCGCAGAGUGAGAAAGAAACUGAUCAGAGUGGAAGAAAUGAGAAAGCCCAGUACUGAAGGUGGGGAGGAGCACGUGUUUGAGAAUUCCCCGGUUCUGGAUGAAAGGUCGGCCCUUUACUCUGGAGUGCACAAGAAGCCAUUUUUCUUUGAUGGCUCUCCUGAGAAACCUCCGGAAGAUGAUUCAGACUCUCUCACCACCUCUCCAUCAUCCAGCAGCCUGGACACCUGGGGGGCUGGCCGGAAAUUGGUCAAAACCUUCAGCAAAGGAGAGAGCCGGGGCCUGAUUAAACCCCCCAAGAAGAUGGGGACAUUCUUCUCAUAUCCGGAAGAAGAGAAGGCCCAGAAGGUUUCCCGCUCGCUAACUGAGGGGGAGAUGAAGAAGGGUCUCGGGUCCCUGAGCCACGGGAGAACCUGCAGUUUUGGAGGAUUUGACUUAACGAACCGUUCUCUACACAUUGGCAGCAACAAUUCUGACCCAAUGAGUAAAGAAGGAGAUUUUGUGUACAAAGAAGUUAUCAAAUCACCCACUGCCUCUCGCAUCUCUCUUGGGAAAAAGGUGAAAUCAGUGAAAGAGACAAUGAGGAAGAGGAUGUCUAAAAAAUAUAGCAGCUCUGUCUCUGAGCAGGACUCGGGUCUUGAUGGAAUGCCUGGCUCCCCUCCAUCUUCACAGCCUGACAGUGAACACAUGGACAAGCCCAAGCUCAAAGCCGGAGGUUCUGUAGAGAGUCUGCGCAGCUCUCUGAGUGGGCAGAGCUCGAUGAGUGGUCAAACAGUGAGUACCACUGAUUCCUCGACCAGCAACAGGGAGAGUGUCAAGUCAGAAGAUGGUGAUGAUGAGGAGCCCCCUUACCGGGGCCCCUUCUGUGGACGUGCCAGGGUGCACACGGACUUCACGCCCAGUCCCUAUGACACAGACUCACUCAAGCUCAAGAAAGGAGACGUCAUUGAUAUAAUUAGCAAGCCACCCAUGGGCACCUGGAUGGGUCUCUUGAACAAUAAAGUCGGCACAUUCAAGUUCAUCUAUGUAGAUGUGCUAAAUGAGGAAGAAGAGAAGCCCAAGCGCCCCACCAGAAGGAGGAGAAAAGGAAGACCACCCCAGCCCAAAUCGGUGGAAGAUCUACUUGAUCGGAUCAACCUGAAAGAGCACAUGCCCACUUUCCUGUUUAAUGGAUAUGAAGACCUGGAUACCUUUAAGCUCCUGGAGGAGGAAGACUUGGAUGAGUUAAAUAUCAGGGACCCAGAACACAGGGCCGUUCUCUUGACAGCAGUGGAGCUGUUACAGGAAUACGACAGUAACAGUGACCAGUCAGGAUCCCAGGAGAAACUUCUUGUUGACAGCCAGGGCCUGAGUGGAUGCUCUCCACGAGACUCAGGAUGCUAUGAAAGCAGUGAGAACCUGGAACACGGCAAGACUCGGAAGACGGGCCUUCUGUCGGUCAAGUCGUCAACGGAGUCCAGCUUGAAGUCCUUCACCAGGAGUCAGCGGGGCAGCUACCCGACCCUGCCUUUAACGAAGUCGGCAGAUGCCCUGAAGCAGGGGGACGAGGGCAGGCUGGGCAGCGGUCCUCCCGCCCACGCCUCUAAGUGCUGUGACCAGCCGUGUGUGACUGGUUCCAACAAAAACCGAAGAAGCCUCCCCGUUUCCAUCUGUCGGAGCUGUGAGACCCUGGAGGACCCCCAGCCUGUGGAAGCAUGGCCCCGAUCCCACUCCCUGGACGGCCUUCAAGGAGAGCCUGCCGCUGAGAAGGACGUGCCUGGCAAGGUGACACAACCUUCCCCUCAGACUGUACCACAAGUGCCACAAAAGACAACCCCCUCCGUCGCAAAGGCUCAAAGCCCCAAACGAGAUCCUGCUGUUGACAAUGCACUGCUACUGACCCAAAGCAAGAGAUUCCCCGAACCUCAGAAGACAGCUACUAAGAAACCGGAGGGACCCAUAGCGGCCCCUGCCGGGGGCACGUCACCUCCUCCGUGCCUGCCCAGAAGCCACGAUGCUCAGCCUCCCGGGGUGAAACACGGUUUAACAAGGACGCCUCUGGAGGGUCACAGGAAGGGACUCGAUUGCGAAGGCACACACCACCCCCUGGGCACCAAAGAAGGCCCAGAUGCUGAGCAGCGGGGCCCCGAGGCCAGAGCACAGGCGAAGCCGCCCGCACAGCCUCCGCCCGUCCCGGCCAAGAAGAGCCGAGAGCGCCUGGCCAACGGGCUCCCCCCCGGCGCCGACGCGCCCAGCCUGCCGGCUAAGAAGGGCAGCCCCGGUGACUGUCCCUCCCCUCAGGCUUCUAGUCCCCCCUCAGGACAGGAGCCCGGCAGCCCGCCCAGCGCCAGACCACCGCCCUGGCUGUCAGAGCUCCCGGAGAGCACGAGCCUCCAGGAGCACGGCGUCAAGCUGGGCCCGGCUCUGAGCAGGAAGAUCUCCUGCGCCCGGGGCCUAGACCUGGAGAUGCUCACCGAAAACAAGCUACGAGCCGAGGGCAUCGAUCUCACCGAGGAGCCAUAUUCGGAUAAGCACGGCCGCUGUGGGAUUCCCGAAGCCCUGGUGCAGAGAUAUGCAGAAGACUUAGAUCAGCCCGAGAGGGACGUCGCCACCAACAUGGACCAGAUCCGCGUGAAGCUGCUUCGGAAGCAGCACCGCAUGGCGAUCCCAAGUGGUGGACUCACAGAAAUCUGUAGAAAGCCCCUCUCUCCUGGAUGCGUUUCGUCUGUGUCGGAUUGGCUGGUUUCCAUCGGUCUGCCCAUGUACACCAGCGCCCUCACUGAAGCUGGGUUCAGCACACUGGGCCAAGUGCCUUCUCUGUCCCACACUUGCCUUCAGGAGGCCGGCAUUACAGAGGAGAGACACAUAAGCAAGCUCGUGUCUGCAGCCAGACUCUUCAAACUGCCCCCAGGCCCUGAGGCCAUGUAGCCAGGCCCAUAAUGGAGCUCCCUGGACAAGAGCCACCCUUUCACUGUGCUUAUGCUAAUGCAAAUCCUCCUCCUCGGGACAUGCAGACCAGAUCCAGAAGAAAGGCCUAGUGUAUGGCCACACAGAGCACGAAACCUUGGCAUUGGACUGAUGACCCUCUCUUCUCCAGAAAGGCCCCCUCGAGGAAAUUGGUGUGGUUCUCUUUGACCCCCAAAGAAAAGACAAGCACUUAUUUUUAUUUUCAGAACACAAAAGAACCAGGAUGCCAACUUGCCACAUAUGCUGUGCCUCCAGUCCCGUCUUGGUGUGCUGGGAGAGGGCUGGGAGCAGAGGGAGGGGCAGCCUGUUUCGUUCCUGAUAACGCCCUUGCCCUUCCAUCUGUCACCCUGCAGGAUACCUGAGGGCCAGACGGGCUUUAUCUAGGCCAAAGUAACAGACUCGGGAGUUAUUGUACACUAUUGACCAUGCCUGUUUGUUCUAAAGUAAGAAAAUCUGGCUGCACUAGGAAAAAAGAAAAAAAAAAAAGGCCUGUUCUCCUUUAAGUAAACAAGAGACAUUUUAAUAAUUGCUUUCUAGCAAUCAGCUUUUAUUUGCCUUAAUAUAAGCUUUGAAGCAGUUAUCUUAGUGUUCACUACCCUGUAACCAUAGUUUCCAAUCUUCAGCUUAGACUGCCAUCUAACAUAUGUGAGAUGUUUUCAGCAAAAAAAAAAAAAAAAAAUGGGCUUUUCUAAUUGCCUCAUUCUAACAUGGCUUAUUUUAUAGAGGUGUUUAUCAGGCACAAACUUCAUGUUGGCUUUCAGUUUUUACACUAACUAUAAAUCCAGUAAAAAGCUAUCUGAAAUUCACAGAGAUCAGGUGUGUAUGUGGGUGUGCAUGCAUGUGUGUGAGUGUGUGUGUAUAGUAACUACCUUCAUUUUAAUCAGUUUAGUUUUGUUUACCAUGUUGGUCAUCGUGCUGCAGUAUUGACUUGGAUCCUGACCACGUCCAUCCCAAAAUUCAGUCAUCAGUUAACAGGUCACCUUUGCAAAGUCAUUGUAAGGUUGAAUAUUUCAGAAAGAUCUUUUUAAAAGGGAAGUGAUUUAUAAAUGUUAAAAGGGUUUUCUUUUUUCACUUUUAUAAUUAAGUUUUCCUUCCUUUCAUAUUGAGAUAAUUCUUUAAAUUUGGAUAAAAGUUCAUUUUGGAGCCAGAUAAACUACAUUAGCCAUGUAUUAAUAAGCAUUUGCAUAUUUUCAGUUGUUUUCCAACUGACUGUAGCAUUUCCCAUCCUCUUUUAGUCUGGGGUUUAAUUUUUCUAGCACACAAAUUUAGGCAACUAAAUUAAGGUUUCUGUUGCUUACUAAAUGAAUUUCCUUUACAUUCUUAAUCAUCAGAACUAUUUUAAGCACUGAAUGUGAUCACUUACAAUAGAAACACUUUGAACACAAAGCCUUGAUCAAAAGCUCUUAAACACUCAUUAAAAUGAUUUCCCUCAGUGCAGGGUGGGGGGGCGGAUAAUUUUAUUCAUUACAAAGCCAUCUUCAGCAUUUGCUCUAUGUACUUGGAUCCAUGUUUCUGAGGGAAAAGAUAUGCUCAGGUGAUCUAUUUUUUCAUGCUUUGGUACACAUUUUAAAAAUAUGCUUCAACAAUAUUCACCUUCUAGAAAAUGCCAUGUGAAGAAGUUGUGGAAAUGCAGAAAAAGGUAAAGCUGCCAAUUUUCUACUGAAAUCUCUAAAAUAGCCCAUUUUUACCAUCUUGGGUUGUGCACACAGCCCACAUGGAAUGUAGUGGCUGCAGGUCUCUCCUGUGACCACGCCGCUGAAACAUAUCUCUCAUGCUGAGGUGGACGUGGGUGCAAGGCCACACACUCCUCCUGCUGCCCAGUGCCUUGGCAUGACAUUCUGCGAUCCUGCUCAUAGUUUAAGCUGACCACACACAAGCCACACAGUAGAUAAUAAAGGAGGAGGAGAAAUCUUAUGUGUAAUUCCCAGUGUUCAUUUAUUUUCAGUGUAAGAUUUUCUUUUCCAUAAAAGUGGCGCCAGAAAAGGGAAAACUUUGGAGUUUUUGAGAAUGCCAAAUCAUAUUUUUGUCACUCUUCUUUGGAAGUCAUUGCCUCUGCAGAGAAAAAUCAAAUUCAGGGACCAUGAGUGAUUUUCAGUGGGAAGAUCGUCCUAAUCUGAAAGGUCUUGAGGUUUUUACUUUAUUGUGUUUUAAAAAAAAAAAAAAAAAAAAAUUUUUUUUCUUGUAUUUGUUUGGUCUUCUUUUGCUUUAAACUUUAAUUUGAUCCUAGAAAAGCCUGAAUGUUUGUGUGUGACAUUUGACUAAGGUGGUUUAGGGGCCACCUGUCAGAAAGGCAGGUGUUAGGCAUCAACAAUACCCAGGUUUAAUCAGUUGCACUUGAUACAGAAUGUGGAGGAAGGGUGAAAAGUGUUGUCUUUGGAAAGCACAAAAGAAACCUAGAAAGGCAGUUUGGCUCAGGUAGCUACACAUCGGUUGUGUGUAAUUUUUACUUUAAAGCUGUCUAGAAGGAAAUGCAGCCAGCCCCAACCACUAUUUACAUUCCCAGAUAACCGAGAAGCAGAUACAUUUUCAUGGCCUUCCCUUCACAGCCCUUUUCUCUGUCCCGAUCCCCGGUGUGGGUGAAAUUGGAAAUUACUAGUCUAUGGCAAACCAGUUCCUGACAUAGCAAAAUUUGCUUUCAUAACUGCAGCAAAAGAAAUCAGUUCACCAAGUCAAUGCUGCAUGUGUGUACUGUAUUAUUUUCAGAAAAUCUAGUAGUCUGAGUCCGAAUUAUCUUGAUUUUAAAUUGAUAGAGAAAACAGUCAAGCAAGUUAUAUAACAACUAACAACAUUGCACUUUCUGUAUAUGAAAUCAAUAUUUAAAUAACUUAUUUUUCUCCAUUGCUGUUCUUAAACAUUGUAAGUAGCUGUAAUAUACCAGUCCCAAUAUGUCCUUGCGAUUGCUUCAGCCCAGGAAAGCUGUGUAUUGUUUUAAAAAUUGUAAAAAUUAUUGUGAUGAUUCACUUAGCAAAGAGAAAGGUGGACAGAAGGGUUUUCCUAUGUAUCAAAACUUGUCUAUAAUUAUGUCAUCUAUGUACCUAGAAAAAAAAUAAAUUUCUUCAGUUGACUAUG